UUUUUCAUCCAAGUAUUUUUCCAUUACGAAUAUUUCGUUUUAUACAUAAAAAAUAACAAAUGUAAUCGUAAAACGGGUAAACAUAUAUUAUUUUAUAAUAAAUAAAUACAUUAAAAAUUAUAAAUAUAAAAUAUAACACCGCAUUACGAUAAACCUAAUGACAACAACGUCAUGAUAUCCGUUCGCUAAUUGGUACGUUUAGCAACGUAACAUUCAUAACAACGUAUCCGAUUGGUCGGUACGAAGAAUAGAUAUCUGUGAUAUCUACUGUCAACGCUAUUGUUUGGAAACAUGGAGAUCAUUUGUCACUUUUAGUGUGACGUUCUAUUAACGCGUUUUCAAAAAAUAUAAUUAUAACAUAAUGUUAAUUAAAUUAAUUUUUACGAAAUUAAUAUAUAUAAUAUUUUUUAAAUAAUCCAUUAUUAACAAAAUGUAUUGAUCUAAAGGAUUAAUUUACAUUUGAAAAACAUUCUCAGCAGGUUACCAGGUGGCGGGAAAGAGAAAUGCCUUUGAAAACCAAACGAUCGUCAAGGUUUGACGUAAAAAUAACGUAAUCGUUACGAAAAUAUAAUUUUUGACAAUGGCAUCAUCAAAAAGAACGCUUUGACAGAAUCCUCGACGUCAGUUCGUCUCGUGUGUUUUCCCACUUGAUAACAUCGGGGCCGGGACGAGGUUAUUAAAAUAUGGCGGAUGAAAAUUUUAAAAAGAUGUUAACUUCAAAUAAUAGUAUAUGUUUUCAACCAAGAACUACCCCAACAUUUUCAUUUCGGCCAACAUUUACAUUUAAUAGGAUUGAUAAUUCUCUGGAUAAUUCAUCAGAAGGAUCAACAAAUCUUUCUAGUUCAGUUAUGCUGCAAUUCAAUCAGUCUGAUGAACUAAAUAAAAAAAAUUCUAGUUCUUUGUUUGGAACAUUUAAUACAUCAAACACAUCACAAGAUACUGGUUGGCCAUCUUUAAAGUUGCAAACUAAAUCGUUUUCAGUACCUAAUACUACAUCAAAUAUAUUUUCUCUAAAUAAGAAUGCUUUUGAAACAGCUACAGAUACUAAAACUGAAUUACAGAACACAUCUGUCCUGGCAUCAAACCAUGGACAAAAGACAGAAAUUAGUACAGUUAAACCAGAAACUUUUUCUUUUGUAAGAGAGUAUAAGAAUACCACCAUACAGGAGAUGCAAUGUAAAAAAGAGCAAAUGGAAGAGAAACCUGAAGUGAAAGAAUCACACGAUUAUCUAAGAGAGAAUAUUAAGCGAUCAAUAAGUAAAUAUAAAAUUUUUCCUGUCAAAUUUGAGUCUUCCAAACAAGGUGGAAGAUUAUUUAAUAGAGCAUUGGCUGGUGUCAAAUCACCAGAAAGGAAAGCUGAUGUUAAAACAUCAGAAAGAAAAACUAAUGUAGAAAUGCAUAAAAGAAUUGUAUUUCAGAGUGAAAAUGAGAAGAAACACGUUCAAGUUGAUUCCUUGUCGGAAGACCGAAGAAUUGCAUCUCAUGAGGAGAUUAAGAAAAUAACAUCUAUUGUUUGUAAAGGAAUUCCCAAAGAAUUGAACAAUAAAGAUUUUCUUUCAAAUCAUUUUAGCCAGUAUGGUCAGGUGAAGAAAAUUAACUGUAAUCACAAAAAAGAAUAUGCCGUUGUUCGUUUUUGUGAUCAUGAAUCAGCUGCAAAUGCAAAGAAAAAUGGAGCAUUGAUUAGUCCUCAGAUUGGAUCAGUUGAAAUUUUCUGGGCACAGCAGAGUUCACCAAAGAAACAAAUUGGAAGAAUGGAUUCUAAUUCUGAAGUAACAGAAGAAUUACACUCAAUGAUGGAAGGAAUUGAAGAUCACAAAGUAUUGCAACGUCCAGAAGACAUGGAUUCUCAGAAGAAACCUGAAUUUAUUAUUCAGAAACAAACUAGAAAAAAUCUUACAAAUAUAGAAAAAUCUGGAAAUAUAAAACCACAGAUAGAGACAUNACAAGGAUAA